GACAUUUGCUGUUUGGGUUUGAAACGUUUUCUAUUUAUAAACCGAAAUCGGUAUCGGAUAAGCCAGCAGAGGAGAACAAAUACGGAAAAUACUCGGAAAUUAUGUGAGAGCGUUUUAGCUGUCCUGCAUAGUUUUUUUUUUCGUCCUAUUUAUAUUCAUGAGGUACCCUACUAAAGAAGAUCAAUCGGGUGUCUCAUGGCGCAGUGUCAUUUUAAUUAAAGUAACUCGCUGAGGUUGCUGUGAAUACGUCAUUAUUUUAGUAGGCAGUGAUUUUUUUUUCCCUUCACCAUGAAUACAAAUAAUCCUUUUGGCAGUCAACAGCAACAAAGCCCCUUCCAGAGUAAUGUGCCUAGUGGAAUAUUUGGUUCCCAGUCACCUUUUGGACAGCAAGGUUUUGGGAACACUGGACAGAAUCCUUUAUUUGGGCAAACAUCUGCUUUUGGGCAGCAAUCUGCUUUUAGUCAAUCGGGAGCAUUUGGAUCUUUAGGGCAGCCAUUGCGUUUUGGUCAGUCUUCUCCCUUUGGGCAAUCUCAAGUGCUUGGGCAAGGUUCAGCUUUUGGCCAAGGCUUGGGUUCAAACCAAAGUCCUGCACUUUCACAAGUAUCCAGUCAGGCUUCUGGGACAGGACAGCCACCUCCUUACACACAAUCUUUUUCAUUUGGGCAGUCGUCUGGACUGGGACAAGCAGCUGUUGGCUUUGGCCCACCUCCUGCAUACUCUCAGUCAAAUAUGAUGGGUCAAAGCCCAGCAUUUGGACAAACCCAGGGCUUGGGCCAGCAGCCAUCUGCUUUCUCUAAUCCUUCUGGGAUCUCCCUACCUCUUUUCCAAAACUCAUCUUCUACAUCAACAGGUUCAAGCCAAAAUAUGGGGUUCACAAAAUCAGAUACACCAAGUUUUGGUCAACCCACCCCUUCCUUUACUCUGCCUUUGGCAACAUCUGCCAGUGAAGUGAAAACUCCAGCCACCAAGAUUGUUACUUUCUCACUUCCUCCUCCUUCCAGUGCAAGCAUUUUUUCAGCAUCAUCUUCAGGCUUUGGUGGUAUAGAUGCACCACCCCAUGGCUUUGGCAAGUCAGAGUUUAGCUUUAGACCUAUUUUUGCAAGCCCAGGUACUUCCAGUCAACAGCAGCAAAGUGCCCCUUUUGGCUCAAAUCAGCCUUCCACUAGUGGUAGCAGCAGUACCAGUAACAAUUCUGUUUUUUCUCUUUCAGCUGCAACUUCAGGAGAGGUAUCAAAGUUUAGCUUUCCUCCACCAGUGUUUUCAUCAUCUGGUAGUAGUGGAGUUACUAGUGUUUCACAGGAAAGUGGUAGAGACUUGCAGUUUAAUUUUUCAAAUUCUGUAACCCCAUCUACAAACAACAGUAGUAUGACUCUUUCACAAGCUGCCACCAGUGUAGGUAGUUUACCCAGCUUUAGCUUUUCUGACAAAAACACAGACACAGCAUUGACUCCUAAAUCUGCCUUUGCUGUGUCUGGGACUGGAGUGAACCAACCAAUGAGCUCAGCAUCAUUUAGUUCAAAAAAUAAACAGACUGACGAACUUGUGAAGCCUGAUGACAGUCAAGCACAAGGAGUUUCCUACGGUGUCUCAAAGGGUCUUAAAAGAAAAGAUGAGUUUGAUGAUCGAGGGCCACACCAGAUGCAGGAUGAUCAAGAAGAUGGCAGUAAAGGAGCUAGCAGUGGAACACAACUUCCUCCAAAACGAUCGCUUGUGAAAUUGCAAGGCCCAACUGGAGGUCUUUUUCGCAAUGCUCUUAGUGGCUUGCUGAAAGCCUCGAGCCAUCAUGACCCAAAAAAAGCUGAGGUGCGACACCAGGAACGGGGAGAGACGGAGAAAACCUCUCAAGCAGUGCACUUGACACGGUCCCCUCAUAGGCCUUCUGCUCCACUUCCCAGAGGAGCUGCUGAGAAGCCAAAGGAGCACUCUGAUGACUCAUCAGACAGCAAGACUCCUUCUCGACGUGUUUGCCGCUCACAGAGCACUGACAGCCUAGGAGGUCUGUCUUCCAGUGAAUUUACAUCAAUUGCAUGUAAAAAUAUCCCGUCAAACUUAAAUAAAAGAGAAAUAAUAGAAAAGCAUUUCAGUCGCUUUGGCAGAGUGCAGAAGAUUUACUGCAGACCUCAAAAAAACUUGGCUAUUGUUCAUUUCCAUGACCAUGCUUCUGCAUCUAAAGCUAAGAAGAAAGGAAAAUCUUUCCACAGACAAGAAAUUGCUAUAUUUUGGCAUAAGAAGAAAUUAAGUCCUAAAGUUAAUUUGGAACAGGCACCAAGGACAGAGCAGGUUGAUGAUAGAAGAGGGUCCUUCCAGAGUUCUCCUGUUCGGAAAGUGCAUGUGUGGACCUCUGCAGCAAGCAGUAGUGGUGUCAAUAAAGGAUCUCCAAUUAAAAAAUCUUCUGUUACCAAGUCUUUGCUAUUUGAGUCUGAGCCUCGGCAUGAUUCAGGUGCAGAGGAUCAGGGUUUGGACCGUGUUGCAGGCACAUUACCAGCCUCUGUGAGUGUUUUGUUUGGCAAAGUAGCAGAGACUUCUGAAGACAGAUACCAGCUGCUGGAGCAAAGAGACAAGAUAAUGCGGCAAGGCAGAUUGACGAGAACAGAGCUAGACUUGUCAAAGGUCUUUGUGGGGACAUGCCCUGACAUGUGUCCCGAGAAAGAGCGCUAUAUGAGAGAAACUAGGAAUCAGUUGAGCAUUUUUGAAGUACUUCCUGGCACAGAGAAAGUAGAUCAUGCUGCUGCAGUUAAGGAAUAUAGCAGGUCUUCUGCUGAUCAAGAGGAGCCACUCUCCCAUGAAUUGCGACCUCCGGCUGUUCUGAGCAUGACAAUGGACUACCUAGUGACUCGAAUCAUGGACCAAGGGGAGGGAAACUACAGAGACUGGUAUGACUUUGUGUGGAAUAGGACCCGUGGCAUUAGAAAGGAUAUUACUCAGCAGCACCUUUGUGACCCUCUCACUGUGUCAUUAAUUGAAAAAUGUGCACGCUUUCAUAUUCAUUGUGCUCAUCAUCUAUGUGAAGAGCCUAUGAUGUCAUUUGAUGCAAAGAUCAACAAUGAAAAUAUGACUAAAUGCUUGCAAAGCCUGAAGGAAAUGUAUCAAGAUUUAGCAAAUAAGGGCAUUCAUUGUCAAGGAGAACCAGAGUUCCGGCAAUAUAUGAUUCUGGUCAAACUUAAUGAAGGGGAUAUACUCAGAGAGGUGCAACAGUUUCGUGCAGAAAUAAGAAAUUCUCCAGAGGUUAAAUAUGCUGUCCAGGUGUUUGCUGCUUUGAAUAGCAACAAUUUUGUGAGAUUCUUCAAACUUGUCAGACGUGCUUCUUAUCUUAGCAGCUGCAUUCUGCAUAGAUAUUUCAAACAGGUGCGGCAGAGUGCUUUGAAAGCCCUAAACAUUGCAUAUACUGUAAGCCCCCAGAGGUCAACAGCGUUUCCAAUUGAUGGCCUUAUUCAAAUGCUGAUGUUUCAAGAUGCAGAUGAAGCAACUGAGUUUGUUGUACAGCAUGGGCUGGUAGCGACUGAUGGGAUGGUGGAGUUAAGCCGACUUGGUUACCAGGAGCCUGAAGUUCCUAUGCAUUCCAAGAAAUCGGCAGAUAUUUUGCAAAAGAGGACCAUGUUGAUUGGAGAGGUGGUAAAUGGUGGCCACUUACCAACUGCCCCAAAGCAUACACCAAUGUCCAGCUUUGAUGCCAGGAAUAAAUACAUAGGAGACAUGGUAACCACUAAGCCGUCUACGUCUGUUGUGAAAGCUCCAUUUGAAGCAACAGCGAUAAUAAAACCAGAGCCAAUGCCUGUGUUAUGUACUCCUUCAAACUCUUUGAUACGGUCAGUUGUACAGUCUGAUAUUCAGCCUACAUUAUCUUCUCUGCCAGCUGCUAAACCCCAGCCUAUAUACACUGAUCAGGAUAUAGCAGAUGUGGUUUUAAGUCUUGUAGAUGAUGUUGUUAAAGCAGAAUGCAUGGAGCUGUCCAAUCAAGUGGUUGAGUAUGCGAGAGCUGCACUUAAAGCUUCAGAAACUACGCUAUGUGAUUUAGUAAGUGAUGUUGUGGAUCAGUUAGUUCUUCUGACUUCAACUGAAGAAAUAAAUGAAGAAAAACAAAGAAUUGCAGAAGAGAAGCGUCGGAUUGAAGAAGCAAGAUUAAAGCAAGAGAAGGAGCUUUUCAUUACUCUGUUUAGCCAGGCUCUCUGCGCUGAACUCACAGAAGAUGUUUUAAUGCAGAGCAUCAAAGAGAUAGCAGCUUCAGAAAUCAGUCAAGCCAAACAGGAAAAGGCUGCAUGCAUUUCUCGUUGCACAGAAGAAGUCUGCUCUGGCUUGAUUGAAGAAACUUUAAGCAAGGAAAUACACCAACUCGCCAAAGAGACGCUGCAGAAAAAGGUGCAGUGUGUUCGCAUGUAUAUGAAGAGGUGGAGAGAUGUAGUAGCAGUUAGGAGACAGCUCAAGAGGCAGAUGAGGGGAUUUCCAGCUGCUCCCUGCUGUGUUGACCCCAGAAACAAACUGAAGGCAUUCUCUCCAAGUGCUCAGUUUCCUUCUACAGCUGAAUCCCUUGCUAAGGGCUUGAUAAACCUGGGGAAUGCAGGGAAUAUCUCAGUAUCCUGUACAAGGUUAAUGCAGUUGAGAGAGAAAUCCGCUCAUCAAAUGAGAGUUCUACAUUAUUACCAGGAGUUAGUAAGUGAGGCUUCAUGGACACCUUUAGACCUUCCAGCACUGAUUGUUGGCAGUAUGUUAGAUUACCAGGAGCUGAUCUUCUGGAAGGCUAUCAUCCUGUUACCCAGUAUUGAGGACUGCCAAAAGAAUAUUACCAAUAGAAUUUUAAGUGACUGGCUAAAGUCAAAAUUUAGCAGUGGGGACAAGCAAAAUUAUUAUGAAAAACAUGAAGAUGAAAUCCAGACACUGUCAUUGUGUAGUAAUUCUAAGGUCCAUAUUUGUAUUAAGAGCAUCCAUGGGCCGCUGAGUGAUUCUACACUCAAUGAAGUAGAGAGUCAGAAGGAACUUCUUGGAACCAGUGCCAUUCUAAUGUUAUUGCCUAGUUUACAGAGCAUAGAGUCAAAUCAUACAGAGGAGGAAGAUGAUGUCUAUUGGCUUUCUGCUUUGCUUCAACUCAAGCAGGUUCUUCAGGCCAAACCUUUCCAGCCAGCAUUGCCUUUAGUAGUCAUGGUUCCUCAGGAUGGUGAAGGAGUAGACAGUGAUGAACUACUGAAAGAAGGUUUGAUGCUUCAAGAUAUGGUGGAUGCACAGCUAAUUUCCGACUACAUCUUUGUUUACAUCCCAGAAUCAACAAAUGAUCUCCGAGGUUCAAAAAUGGUAUGCAGUUCAGUAAAGUGGUUGGCUUCUCAGUGCCCUCCUACUAUACAGCUUCAGUCUCAGACCCUGAUGCAUUUCAUUGAAGAUGGUUUUUGUAGAGAAUUUGGCAAAAGAUUUUAUCAUGACAAGACUAUAAGAAAGUCGUUGGGACUUCACUCCCAGGACCCUGUUUCCAUUAUUGAACUGUAUAACAGUGUAGUUCAUUUCCUGGCAGAACUGAUUUCUUGUGAGCAGCUGUCUGAGAUUUCCUGGCCUGCAAAGGAAUUUACCACUCUAGCAUCUCCUUCAGUAUUACCACAUAAGGAUUGGAACACAUCAGAGCAUCUUGUCUGGCUUAAGAAAGCAGUGCUUAACCUUCAGCUGCCUGAGAUGAAAUACUCAAGAGCACAAGAUUCCUUGCUUUCACAGUUCUUACAGUAUGCAUCACAGAUUCCUACAUGCACAGAGACACAGGCAGUACUACUGUCAAAGGUGAAGCAUCUUCAUCAUAAUCUGUGUAUGCUGGAGACAGGAUCAGAGAUGCAGCUACCUGAUCAGGCCCCUUGGGAUGAUUUCAUUCUUCUUUGCAUAGACCACUGCUUAAGUGACUGGAAAUCUCCUGGUUUACCUGUUAACCAAGAGGCUGUAUCUGAAGAUGGACAGAUCAUGGUGUAUUAUAUCAAGGAAGAUUUACAUAAGUAUACCCCCCCUUGCAUCUGGGAAUCUGCUAUCUUAAAAACACACAGGGAAGCAUUACAAAUAUCUACAGAAGCAACACACCGUUCCACAUUAUCAUCGGCAAACCAAUUCUCAAAUGAGCAUUUAAGAAACUCUGAAAGUUGUUCCCAGUCCUCCGUCCAUUUAGAAGACAGCAGCAGAUUGUCCUCCACAGAAGGACUGCCUCAUGACUUUUCGGCUCAGGAGACACUUUUUGACAAAGACAAGCUGCUUUGCAUGUUGGAAGAUGAGAAAAUCAAGAGUCAGAGGUUUGAGGAAUAUUUGCAUAAACUACAGGAGGUGGACCCUGUGGAUUCUUUUCCUAUGCCUCUCUAUAUUCCUCAUAGCCUCAUAACUACACCAGAAAUGAUUCAGUUUUCCAGUCCAUCACCCGGACCACUUGUGACAAAGGAGAGCCCUAGUGGUGCACCGAAAGCUUUGAACACCGAGAGUUCUGGCUUGCUGGCUACGGCUCCAGUUUCCAUUGAUAGUCGGUUGGAAGAGCUGAAAAGACGUAUAAAAGCCAGCCAAGAAGAAGAUGAGGCCUUUCGGAUUCAUCUGUCUAAUCUUUUAGAUAUAGUGAAUAUCUGAGGAUUGAACUGUCUUGUUAUUAAGAAAAAUAAAGAAAAGCAGUGCUGGUAUUUUUCUACUGAUAUUUUCAUAGAUUGUUGUGUUGUUGUAGUCUUUUGGACUUAAAAAAACGACUAUUUCUGGGACUCUAAUUGAGUGAACUUCAAAGAGCAAACAUAUCAACAGUUUGAGGAGUGAUGAACCAGACUGAAAGCAAAAAUUAAAUAAAUGUGUAUAUAUAUAUUUUUUUUUCUGUUGUAUAAUGACUUUAAAUAAAAAAAAACUUCAAA